AUGGCGUCCAGAAGACUGUCGAAGUCUUUUUCGGCAGCCGUCAAGUCCCACAAUGCUUUUUCGAGACCCUCUCUCCGUUCUCGCUCUUUCUCUGACGUGCGUGCCUUUCCCAACUCCUUUCUUUUCGGGCCAAAUUCCAACGUCGGAGUUUCCCGAAACGGCAUAACUUCAGUCACUCAAACCGGUGCUUGUGGCAAACUGUUACCUCUUUCCUUCCAAUUCCUUUCUCCGCGCUGCUUCUCCUAUGAGGCUGAUAGUGAUAGACAUGGGUAUCAUACGACGGAUGCUUUGGAAACACUUAGAGUAUAUGGAAAGGAUUUAACUGACAUGGCUAGACAAGGAAAACUCGAUCCUGUCAUAAGACGGAAUGAUGAAAUCCGACGCUGCAUUGGGAUAUUAUGCAGGAGAACUAAAUGCAAUCCUGUUAUCGUUGGUGAACCUGGUGUAGGUAAAACUGCUAUUGCAGAAGGGUUGGCGCGGCGAAUUAUACGUGGGGAUGUCCCUAGACAUCUCUUGAAUCGGAAGUUGAUAUCUCUCGACGUGGGUUCGUUGCUUGCUGGUGCCAUCUAUCCGGGACAACUUGAGGAAAGAAUAGAAGCAGUAAUGAAGGAAGUAGCUGCUUCUAAUGGGAAAAUAAUCUUGUUCAUAGAUGAAAUUCAUUCUCUUACUCGAGCAGCGACUAAUCGUGGAGACAUGUUGAAAACAAUGCUUGGACGAGGUGAUCUGCGAUGCAUCGGUGCAACUACGCUGACCGAAUACCGCAAGUACAUAGAGAAGGAUACAGCUCUGGAACGUAGGUUUCAGAAAGUGUUAUGUGAUCAACCAUCUGUUCAAAAUACCAUCUCGAUUCUUCGUGGGCUAAGAGAGCGGUAUGAGUUACACCAUGGUGUAAAGAUAUCAGAUGGUUCCCUUGUUUCAGCAGCGGUUCUGUCAGACCGCUACAUCACUGAACGUUUUCUACCAGACAAAGCUAUUGAUCUUGUUGACGAAGCUGCUGCAAAUAUGAAGAUGAAGAACACUUCUAAACCCACAGAACUAGAUGAAACUGAAACAGACGUGAUCACACUUGAGAUGGAAAAACGUUCUUUGAUAAAGGAAACUGACGAAGCUGCUAAAGAACGGCUACAAAAGAUUGAGAAUGAUUUGACCACGCUCAAGGAUAAACAGAGAGAGUUCACUGAGAAGUGGGAGAAAGAAAAAUUCCUCGUAAACAAAAUACGUUCAUUUAAAGAAGAGAUCGAUAGAUGGAAUCAAUCUAAAACACUUGUGUCCGGUAAACAUGCUUUUUGUAUCUCCCUCCGUCGGCAGCUAGAAGAAGCGAAGAAAGAUCUCACGAAUUUCCGAGCGUCUGGAGAGUCACUAUUCCGAGAAGAGUUAACCCAUCUUGACAUAGCAGAGGUAGUAAGCAAGUGGACAGGUAUUCCACUAUCGAACCUUCAGAAAUCAGAGAGAGAAAAGCUGGUCAUGUUGGAUCAAGUGCUCCAUGAGAGAGUUGUUGGUCAAGACAUGGCUGUAGAGUCAGUAGCCGAUGCUAUCCGUUACUCAAAGGCCGGUCUUUCUGAUCCCAACCGCCCAAUAGCCAGUUUUAUGUUCAUGGGUCCAACAGGGGUUGGUAAAACCGAGCUUGCCAAGGCUCUUGCUGGAUACCUUUUCGACACGGAAAACGCAAUAGUGAGGAUAGAUAUGAGUGAGUACAUGGAAAGAUCAUCAGUCUUACGGCUCGUUGGCGCACCUCCUAGCUAUAUCGGUUAUGAAGAAGGUGGGCAAUUAACUGAAGCUGUUCGCAGGAGACCUUAUUCGGUGGUUCUCUUUGAUGAGAUCGAGAAAGCCCACCCUGAUGUAUUCAAUGUCUUGCUCCAGCUACUAGACGAUGGAAGAAUAACUGAUUCUCAUGGGAGGACAGUAAAUUUCAAAAACUGCUUUAUAAUAAUGACCUCUAAUAUAGGAUCUCAACACAUACUUGAGACUAUAAGCAACAAUGAAGAUAGCAAAAGCAAGGAAGCGGUUUAUGAAAUGUUGAAGCAACAAGUUUUGGAGUUGGCAAGAAAAACUUUCAGGCCAGAGUUCAUGAAUAGAAUUGACGAAUACAUUGUUUUCCAGCCUUUGGAUCCAACAGAAAUAUCGAAAAUCGUGGAGUUUCAGAUGAGACGAGUGAAGAAUAGGUUGGAACAGAAGAAAAUAAAACUUGAGUACACCAAAGAAGCGGUGAAUCUCAUUGCUCAGCUAGGGUUUGACCCCAAAAAUGGUGCAAGACCGGUGAAGCGAAUGAUUGAGAAUAUUGUGAAGAAAGAUAUCACUUUAAAAGUUCUGAAAGGGGACUUUGGAGAGGAAGACACUAUUCUUCUCGAUGUUGACCAGCCAAACAACAAAUUGAUCAUCAAGAAGCUCGAGAAUAAUGCUCUCAUUGAAGAAGAAAGGGCAGCUUGA